AUGGAGGAAAAGAAAGAAGAAAACAAUCAAAAUAACGGGGGCACAGCCGAAGAGCCUCGACUGGAGAAUGACAAUGCGGUCUCGAUAACACCGGCAUCAGAGCGUCCGACUGACCAACACUCACCGGCGCUUGUUGAAAAGCUCGCAACCCCUCUACCUCAAGGUCAGCCUACCCCUGGCCCCACCGGCGUUGAACAGGGCGAGAGACAACGCGAGCCCGGCGUCCUGGUCGAUGGAGACGAGACUCAGAACCAACCCCCAUACAGCGUGUUCAACGCCUGGGAGAAACGCUUCAUCGUCUUCAUGGUGGCGCUUGCCAGCUUCUUCUCGCCCGUCAGCGCCAACAUCUACUUUCCGGCCCUCAACACCCUUGCUCAGGACUACCGCGUCUCGACGACGCUCAUCAACCUGACCAUCACCGUGUACAUGAUCUUCCAGGGGCUUGCGCCCUCAUUUACGGGCUCGCUGUCGGACAAUAUCGGCCGGCGCCCGUUGUACAUCGUCUGCUUCGUCAUCUACAUCGGGGCCAAUAUCGGCCUCGCUCUGCAGCACCAGUUCGCGGCCCUCAUGGUUCUCCGGUGUCUCCAGAGCUCCGGUAGCAGCGGCACAAUCGCCCUCGGCAAUGCCGUCGUCUCCGACAUAGCUAGCCCGGCGGAGCGUGGAGCCUACAUCGGGUACGUUUCCCUGGGCGGUGUGGUUGGAGUAUCCCUGGGCGCCGUUCUCGGCGGGAUCCUCAGCGACUUUCUGGGUUGGCGAUCCAUCUUCUGGUUCCUCGUCAUUUGCGCUGGCGUCGUCAUCAUUCUCAUCGCGCUAUUCCUGCCGGAAACGGCACGCGCGGUCGUCGACAACGGCUCCACCAGCCCUCCCAACUGGAACCUUUCCCUCUGGGACCUGCUCCCAUCCCUCAGACACAGGCGAGCCACCGCGCCAAACACAACCCACCCAACCACCACCCCCAAAAGCCGCGACUUCGUCAACCCCAUCAUGACGCUGCGCAUCUGCGCCGACAAGGAAGCCGGGAUCGUGCUCGCCGCCAACGGGGUCCUGUUCGCGGGGUACCUGGCCAUGGUCAGCGCGAUCCCGUCGCAGUUCCAGCAGCUGUACGGCUUCGACGACCUGCACAUCGGCCUGUGCUUUAUCCCGGGGGGCGUCAGCGCCGCCCUCUCGGCCAUCGCCGUCGGCUACGCGGUCGACUGGAACUUUGCGCGCCACGCCCGCCGCCUGGGCCUCAGCGCGCAGCAGGCCAAGCAGAUGAACCGCGACCUGGGCGGUUUCCCCAUAGAGAGCGUGCGCUGCGAGGUGGCGCUGCCGAUGUUGGUGCUGGCCAGCGUCUCGUUUAUUGUGUAUGGAUGGCUGCUGGCGUAUCGGGCUAGCGUGGCCGGGCCGCUGGUUCUGUUGUUAUUUGCGUGUUUUGGGGUGAACGGCUUUUUUACCGUCCUUAGCGUCUUGAUGGUGGAUGUAUAUCCGCAGGCGCCCGCGACCGCGACGGCGGCCAACAACCUGGUGCGGUGCUGGCUUGGGGCGGGCGCGUCGGCCGUGAUCAUUCCAAUGAUUGAUGCUAUGACGAGCGGGUGGGCGUAUACGUUUAUUGCGUUGGUAUACCUCCUGCUGGCGCCCCUGCUCUGGGUUAUCAUGCGCUGGGGUCCGGCGUGGCGGGCGGCACGUAUUGCGCUGGAAAAGGCGCGGGAAUCGAGUGGCCUAGACGUGGAGGCAUGA